GAAAUUGUGUUAGGGCAGUCAGGAGUUGCGAGAGAUUGUCAACAUUGACUAAAUUGACUACAGUGAUCCAGUGGUGGCAACUUUUAGGCACAGUUAGUUCAGGGUCAGUGGGUUGUUUGUGUUUGUGCUCAGAGAGGGAAAAGGAAGCUGUGAGUUUGUAGUUUUCGUCGCCAGCAUUGCAGAAAUGUAAAGUGGAGACUGUUUGGGACGUCGUGAAUUAACUUGAGAAACUUUGUCAGCUGCAAAGUUGUGAAAAUGGAAAGCGUGUAGGUGUGUGCUGUGAAACUGUGAAGUCAGGGUGUGAGCUGUUAAACAGGUCAUUGUACUUUUGCCACUCAUAUUGUUACAUAAACAACUUUAUCAGCUGAACUUGGCAGAUCAUGUCAGCAUCACCAGCAGCAGCAGCAGCAGCAGGCAGCUCAUCCCAGCAGCGGGUUAAACACAGCGGCUCCCCAACAGCCUCCUGCCCUUCCUGUAGCAACAACACCACCACGGUCCGGUUGCAGCCUAUCCGCGCCACGGUGCCGUACCAGCUUUUGCGUGGAAAUCAGCUCAGCCCAACCCGCUCAGCUUCCUGCUCCUUCACAGUAGCCGGGAGCAACACAGGACCAACGACGUCCCGUUGCUCCAGUCCCGCCAACCCGGGUGGAAGCGGCUCGGACGGCAGGCUGGUCCCCAGGCAAAGACUCUCACCGCCGGACAGCAGGAGCUCACCAGAGCGCUCUCCCUACUCGCCUGUUUCCAAAGCUGAAAGGACAAAAUCCCAGCAGGUGCGGAGCUCGGGGGCCAUUUGGCGGACUUCCUCCCUGGGCACCAUUACUGGGCCCUACCUCACUGGGCAGUGGCCUCGUGACCCACAUGUGCACUACCCAUCUUGUAUGAAAGAUAAGUCCACACAGACUCCUGGAUGUUGGAGUGAGGAAAGGAGAGAGAAGAGGAGCACCCACCAGCGCUCUGCAUCCUGGAGCAGCGCCGACCAGCUCAAAGAGCAGAUUGCGAAGCUCCGACAUCAGCUCCAGCGCAGCAAACAAGGAGGACGCCACAGUAAAGACAAGGACCGACUGUCCCCCCUGCAGUGCAACACCAUCACCUACACCGCCCUCACCAGCACCACAAACCACACCUCCACAGCCAGCCAAGUUCAGCAGUUUUCCAUGUCGAAGUCGGCCCAGAUGCCGCUGUCCAACAUCACAGUGCCAAAGCCUUCCAUCUCCAGGGUGCCCAGCAGCAUGGAGGGCAUCAACCAUGAGCUGGAGAAGGUCUUCAUCAAAGACAACGGAGAGAAAGAGGAGCUCAAGUCCCUGGAGGUUCCUGAUGGGCGGCGGGCACCCUUCCCUCCCCAGCAGCGCAGCAGCAGCACCCGCAGCGUGGACACCCAGACUCCAUCAGCCCCCGGCCGGUCCAGCAGCUGCUCCAGCCUGUCGCCCUGCCCCUCGCCUGCCUGCCCACCAGGAUCACAUGACGGCAGUCCUUACUCCACAGAGGAUCUACUGUACGACCGGGAUAAAGACAGUGGAAGCAGCUCACCACUGCCCAAGUUUGCCUCCUCGCCCAAACCCAACAACAGCUACAUGUUCAAGCGAGAGCCGCCAGAGGGCUGUGAGAAGAUUAAAGCUUUUGAGGAGAUGAGCUCCAGGCAGUCCACAUCAGCAUCGGUCCCCCUCUUCUCCUGCCCCGACAAAAACAAGGUCAACUUCAUCCCGACGGGCUCGGCGUUCUGCCCCGUCAAACUCCCCGGUUCCCUGCACCUCACCCCAGCCCUGGAGCCUGAGGAGGAUGAGGACAACGCGGAGGCGGCCUCCGGCUCAGAGCCCCAGGGGGCCACAUCGCUCUACGGAGCCCCCACUCAGGUCUCCACGAGCACCAGCACAGACGACCCCCCGGAGGAGCCCGGCUCGCCCUCAGAGACUGCAGACCCCCAGACAGACAGCCCGGCCAUCAGCUAGACCUGAGCAGAGCUGGCCUCUGACUCCGGGAUCCACACUAGCGACCACCGACCAUCACCACUGACUGUCCAACCAACACCUCCCUCUGCUCUGCCAGGGGAGCCUCCGUCUCUCUGUGCUGACCCCCUCCACCCCCCUUCUAUCUCUGCAUGACGUAGCAACAAUGUCCCGAAUAAACACCACCGCCACCACAAAGACUCGCCACCUUAAUAUUCUGUCCUGCAUAAUGUCUGAGCUGUUGUUGGCAGGGAAGGACCUGAUGGUUAAAGGUUAUCAUAUGCAGGCAUCGGAGGGAAGAAUGGAGCACGAUGGAUGGGGGGAGGGGCAUGCAUUUUAAACUGGUAGUAUAUUUCUGAUUAAAUUAUGUGUUGUGUUCUGUUUCAACAUUCACAGUAUGAAUAAGCUCUCUAAACAUAUAUAUACACAUAUAUCUCUAUGAAAAGAAAGAAAAAUGCUUGUUUAAAAAAAAAAUCCAAAACUGUGUAUUGCUGUGUUAUGUACCUAACAGGAAAACAGCUGUACUAUUCAGGAUUAUGUUUACACUAUCCAGGUCACAUUGUUAAACCCUGUCUAAAAAAAUGCAAUGAGAAAAUAAUUUGGGCAACGAGAAAAUAACGACAAAAUGGCCUCAAAUUGGUUGCACAGUGUCUGCAUCUGGCCUCGCUUCAGGUAUUUCACAAUCAGAGUCUAUACUCAGGUAAUUUGGAAUGUAUGUCCAUACAAAUAUCUGCAGCUUGACAAAGCAGAACAGAUUCACUGUCAUUUAUUCCUGGUUUUUCUCAUUCCCAGACAAAUCAUUCCUUUCUGUUCCAGAGUCCAGUCUGAGACUAGACUGGCGACAGCUAGCUGCAUAGGGUUGAAGACGUGGGCAUCCCCUCACGGUUGCCUUCUCGGACUGGUGGUGGGAUACUGUACGGACCACACACACUGUGACUGAUGGCAUUAAUAGCUGUGUGUGUGUGUUGAUGGAAGCAUGCUGGACAGAGACUUGGAUGACGUACAGUGGUUGUCUGAUAUUUACGCCUGCAGACGGUAUGUGAUCAGCUCCCCUGAGCCCGUUGACAGUGGACCAGAAGCGGACGAGUCUGCAGUACCGUCUCGUGAAGAUACAAUCAAACUGCAGCAUUUGGAUCUUUAGAGGUGCACAUUGGAGGUAUAGUUGUGCAAACAUUUCUCUGAGGUAGAAAUGAUCUUAUGAGUUAAACCUCAGUUUUGUAGCCAAAGAGUUUUCUUGUGCAAUUCAUCCUAACAUUAUCAAGGCUAGAGCGAGAACGAUACUGUGCUCUGUGGCUGAUAUUUGUGAGUUUAAAAAACAAUAACAAUACAUUGGCCAAUAUUUGGUUUUUAAUAUUUUCUUUUUAAUGAGAAUCCCUUUAGGUUGGACGAUCAAAGACUUCUGGCUAAGAGAAGUACCAAGCAGGACAUUUCCCAUUUUGACAAAUCUCUCUGGUUCUCCGUCAGCCAACAUUUCUUCCUGUGAUAUCGGCCAAUAAAACUGGCCUGGAUGUAUUAUAGCUUAAAAAACACAGUUUGGAUGAACAAGAACUAACAAGUAAUUGAUUGGAAAGAAACCCGGUUAUUAAGGCCUUAAGGGCUCUGACACACCAAGCUGACAAUUGGCCGCUGGUGAGCGUCUGUCUCUCUAGUUUUUGCAGUGUGUCCCGCACCAUUGGCACUAGUCAGUCCUCGUUGGCUGUUUUGCUUUUGCAGAUUUAGAAUGUCGACUUGACAGAGACCGCUGGGUAUUAAAAUCACUCUGAUUGGCAGUUCAGCUCAGUGCAGAGAAACGGACGUGAGAAAAGGAAAGGAACAACUUAAGUCAAGAGAGUGUUAGAUUGAAACAAACUUGUUAUAUUAGGUAAGAUUAUUUCUUGAAUCAUCGAGCUCUUCAGGAACCAAUCGCAAAUGUUUGUGUUAAUAUUUGCUAGCACACGUUAAAUAUGCUUUGUUUUUUCAACAUUGGGUUUUGUUGUUUAUGAGCUUACUGGCUAGCUAGCAUCUUAAAUCCGUCCUGUUGUUCGUCACAUUUCCCCUUUUUGAAUGACGAAUACAGACUACCGCCACCUGCUGGCAUGGAGAGUUAUUUCCACACGCAGGUGCAGAAUAUACAUGCUAGUUGAGAUGUGUUCAAGCUCAACCUUUCGGCGAAGACACAGGCGUCGUUAGGCGACCUUUGCACUUGCUAGUUCUUUGACAUCCGCUUGGUGUGUCUGGGUCUUAAAACAUCAGACAAAAUGCAACAGGAGCUCAAGUAGUCAUAAAAUCAGUAAUAUUAUACAGCAAUAUCAGUUUAGAUUUUGCUAGCAUUAGCUGAUAUUAGCCACCAUAAGCUACGAGUCAUACCAGAUGAAGUAAGGCUGUAGCACUUAAGUCUCUAAGUGUAUUGAAUUGACCAACAGUGUUUUUAGGUUCAUGAUUUUAACUUUUCGAAUGCAAAAGGAAACAUUUAUUUCCUCUUUUAAAAGUGACGUGUUCAUACAAAACAGUAGGACAAGCUUCGCGUUAUCCACCAUAAGCUACAAGUCAUCACUUCGCAAAAAAAUCUAGUUUGAAUGGCUGAGAACGAACACGCAAUUCUCGUCAGUGAAUUCAGCCACAGCCUACUCUGCCUAAUCUCACUUAUGUUGCAGAACUUGCAGUGCCACGCUAGAGUUAACAUAGCGGUCAGGCAACAGAUGUAAAGCUUGCUGCGCUUAAAAUUGUUCCCAUAUCACGCGGUAGUUUGAAUUUAGAAUUAGAACUUUUUUAGAGAUAUCAAAGUUUGAAUAUCAGCAACAAAACAAUUCUUUCUUCAGCAGCUUACUUUGAGUAUAAAUGCAAAACGUCUCAAAUGUUUAAAGUUGUCUAAACACAAACAGUUGCUUGCACAGUCAUUCUUAUUAAACAACACACAGCCUCACCCUAAUUGGCAAAGUGAUGAUUUAAAGCUGCGCUGAUAAAUAUUCUUCUAUCCAAAUGAAUCAAAUGGCUUUGUUCAGUGUGAAAGGGUUCAGUUGUAGUGAUGAACCCACAGAGUAUUUCACCCUCUAUUUAGCUCAUUGUUUUGGUUUUAAACUCCCUCUCUUUACUAUCUGCCAACCACCAGAUGUUAUACAGAGAGUGGAUCAUUAAGCAGCUAAAGCCAGAUACAUCUUUAGGGUAGCUGAGGAUGCUAAUGUUGCUCUGUGUCUGCUGGAUAUGAGAAAGCAAUUGUCGUUUAGCUUGUUCUGCUGCCCCUAAAGCCGCUUUCCCACCAGACAUUUUCGGUGUAGAGGUGGUACUUAACCUGUAAGGACAUGUGCCUAAAUACUAGAUCUGUCCAGCAUUUCCAGUGAGACAGCGCUAGGAGGAGCUCUCUGUCCAGUUCUCGCUGUAUUUCCUCUUCACCUGUGAUGCAGAGGAACGUCUGCACCUCACUGCAAAAACAACUGCUCUAAUGUGUCACGAACUGAACCUGACAGCUUGCCUGAAACUAGAAAAAUAAUUAUAAAUGCAGCUUUGAAUCAAAAACUACCUGAUAAUAGAAUCAGUAAACAUUACAAAUUGGACACCAGUUUUCUGUACAGUUUUGCAAAGUAAGUGCUGUAGACGCAGUAGCACUUUUCGGCCAGUACCACGAAAGUAUUUAGGUUGGACACCCGUUCCUGGGCGACAGUAGCCACACAGUUUGCACAAGCUAUAAACGAACUAUAGCCAUACAAGAUGAAUGUUUGCACAACCUCUAACUCCAAUCUGCAUAUCUAAACUUAGACUGUUCUGAUAAUCCAGAUAAUUUCUAUUCCAUUAAAUGCAUUCCAUGAGAUUUUAGCAUCCGAGACAUAAAUAGACUCAUGAUGAUCCAUUCCUAAAAUAUCUCUCAGCCUUUUGAUUUGAUCGCUUUAAGAGACUAGCUACAGUACUAAGAGAUGUUUGGUUGCAGAUACAGUCGCGCCUUCAUGUGUUUGAUGCACAGAUAAAAGGAUCACACUGGCCUGCCUCCCUCUCACUGUCUGUCUGUUAUUACUGAGUGUUGUAGGCACCCUGAUGCUACCACCAAGCAACAAAACCUGAACAUCUCAUGUAUCCUCUAGGCUGUUAAAUGAGCAUCGCCAUGCCCAAGUGUAAAUGAUACACCACUUUCAUUUGCAAGAGUGAAGCAUAACCCACGUUUAUUUUGAUAUCUGGUGUGCUUGUGGAAUCCCUGCAUUGACGCUCCAUUCAUAUUUUGUAUAUAUGUGGCUUUUAAAGAGGCUCAAUGCAAUGUUGUGGUUUCUUAAAACAUUUCAGCACCUUACCAAGAGCUAUGGCUUUCCCAAUGUCCCACAUAUACUCGGCAUUGGUAAACUAGAUGUGUGCAAUAAUAGGAAAAAAAAAAUCAAAAAAACGUGUUGUCCUCCCGGAUGUUGUCCGUUCUUUGACACAAGCGUCUCAUCUUGCAUUCCUUUGGUUUUGAGCAUGGGGGCUGGAUCAGCAAGUAGUUUGUUGCUAAAGCCAUCAACUGAUACAAAACCAGCACUGAGAGUGACCAGAGCACAUCACUGGCAGGUCAGAGUGUUCAUCAACUCACUACAUGAUACUCCUUGUGUAACCUGCAGUGUCAAAGUUCAUGCACAAUGGCAAUAAAAAGACUAUUGGUUGUUUUGUCCA